AUGAGCUAUCAAUGGCCUCUUCUCGUUUAUUAUGCUCUUUGCUUAAUAAUUACUCCAGUAUAUUUUCUGAUAUUAAUAUGUAUUGUAAAGAUAAGAAGGCAUAUUGUAAUGUUUAGAACAACAUUCUACUCGCUACUGAUUCAACAUAGCAUUGGCGAUAUUCUUGCAAUGAUAUUUUACUGCGCUCAAAAAUUGUCAUAUGUUUUGAUUCCAAACGUUUUAUUCAAAUACCAACAUUUUCGAAUUGGAGCAGUAUGCUAUGAUGGAGUAUUUUGGUUUCUUGUAGUUCGUAGUAACGGAAUUGCAUUGAUGACUACCCAACGGUACUUGACAAUUACCCAACCAACAUUGCCACUUACUCGAUUUACACAACUUUUGAAACCGUGGAAAAUUGCAUAUAUUUACUGGGGACCUGUGGCUAUUUUCAAUUCGAUAUUCCUGUCAAGUUUGGAAAUUGGAUUUGAUUCGCCUGAAAGAAUGAUUUUAGUUAUGGACCCAGAUAUUAUUAGCAAAACCACUAAAAUAACUUUUUUCUUUGUGGUGGCAUCGUGUGUUACUUGUUUGACGUUGUACGGAUUAAUUGUGAAAUUUAUCAGAAUGAGAAGUCAAACAGUUUCCAAAUCCCUGCAACGAGAAAUUCGUUUGGCACUCCAAGUAUCUCUAUCAUUUGCAGCUGAAUUAAUUUUACUAAUCUAUCUUUCAUUUUCCUAUUAUUCAGCCGAAAUUGAAGAUUCCGAUCUCAUCGCGAACACAAGAAAAUAUUUCCCACUUGCAUACGGAAUUUUAUCUUUUAUCGGACCAUUCACAAUUCUCAUUUUUAACAAAGACGUUUCGAAACAAGUUCGAUUUAUGAUAUCUGGUAAAAAGCUGGUGGGAGCAACAGAAUCUUCAUUAGUCUCCACAGUAAAACAGACGAAUAUUGUGACAGUCACUCGUAUUUGAUAUUUUUAUCGAUGGAGGAAAUAUAGAAUUAAUCUUAAACAAAAUUCACAUUAAAUUUUCUCUAAACAUUUUGAUCCAAAUAAAUGUUUCCAAACAGU